AUGGAGCUGCUGCAAAAUGAGGAAUGGCUAACGUCACUAACUCCCCCAUUGCAGGCUCCAGCUCGUGCUCGUCGAAUACAAAAGCCGCACACCCACAGAGCAAGCUGCUUCACCAAUCGGAGCUCCACUGCGCUCAACCUCCAUGGACGAACCACCGCUGCAUGCACCACUCCUCCCUUUCUCCCUCUCUGCUGGCGAAUAACGCCUGCCCUCUCCCUCAUUUACCAGAUUCAGGCUCGCAGAACAAAAAGUUUUGAGUCCGGCCCCUUUCCUUCCACCAAGGCACCAACCAAGUACUCCAGCAUCUUUUAUCGGAUCUUUGGCCUUCUCCACAUGUCCGCGGCAGCGGCAGGGCAAGAGGUGACGCCGGCCAUCGCGGCGGCGGAGCUCGAGGAGUGGGAGGUGUGCGCGUGCUGCGGGCUGAGGGAGGAGUGCACGCCGGCGUACGCGGCCGGCGUGCGCGCGAGGUACGGCGGGCGGUGGCUGUGCGGGCUCUGCGGCGACGCCGUGGGCGAGGAGGUCGCUGCCGGAGGCGGGUCGGAGCUGGAGCUGGAGGCGGCAAUCGCGAGGCACGCCGCCUUCUGCCGGUCGCUCGGCUGGCGCCGGACGCCGGCCGCGGCCGAGCGGCUCAUCGCGGCGGUGCGGCGGAUGCUCCGCACCGGGGGUGGCAAGGAGAAGGCCGUGGUGGUGGUGGAAUUCCAGGAGGCAUGAUGACCGCCUGAGACGGAUCGAAGAUUUGUUCUUUCAGGCGGCGCUAGCUUUCUCUUUUCCUUUCCAUGUGUUUCGUAAUUUUCAUUUAAGUUCUGAAUAUUUAUAUGCUUGAUUUGGACCUGAAUGUUGCAAUUUCUCCAGCCUUGUACAAGUCUGAGGACAUCAGUAAUUUUGGAAGAAAAGUACUGUAGGAGAUUGUAUAUAUAAAAGCUAGAAGAUGGGAGAAUUCCAUCUUCCAUGUUAUUUAGUUCAAA